UGACUCCACCUUAAGAAAGACACUGGCAGAGUUCCAAGACCAAAACCACUGCUGAACAAAAAGAACAUUAAGGCUCGUCUCAAUUUUGCUCGAAAACAUUGAUGUUCCCCAAGACAUUUGGGGAAAAUACUCUGUGGUGUGACGAGACAAAAGUUGGAACUUUUUAGAAGGUGUGUGUCCCAUCAACUGUGGCGUAAAAGUAACGCCGCAUUUCAGAAAAAGAACAUCAUAGCAACAGUAAAAUAUGGCGCUGACAGUGUGAGGAUCUGGGGAUGUUUUGCUGCUUCAGGACCUGGAGGACGUUUGUGUGAAGUCGGAGAAGUCGGAGAAAAGGUAAUACACUAAGUCCCCUACUAACGAACAUCCGACGUGCGAACUUUCGGAGAUACGAACAAAGCCGACUAGUCUAUAUUUUCAUGUGUUUUGCCUUAUAACGUACGUGUAUACAUAUACAGUAUAUGUGUAUGUAUGUAAAUAUGAGUUUGGAUGCAGUAGUAAUAUUAAAUGAGGAUAAUUAAUGAAAAAAAAAAUAAUACUGAUAUAAUAAUACGUAAUGAUAAAUGUUAUUUACCUUUGAAGAGGAGUGGUCAAGCAUACGUUGUUGUGGGGGAGGAGUUAUUGAAAAAAAAGGACAAAUUGUCGUGGUCGACUCUUCUAAAAGAGGUAGUGUUUUGUGGGUGGUGUAGAAUUAAGCAGGCCUGUUAACUCUUCAUAAACUUUAAUCACACGCUAUGUCCGGGUUGUAUCAUACAACUACAACUUAGCCUUCCUCUCUCCUCUUCCUCUUCUCCUGCUACAUGUUGGUACCAUUAGCAGUGUCACAGUGUCCUCUACUGGUGAAGCAUGUAGCGGUAUAAAUACUGAUGGCGUUACCACAAGGCAAAAUACAUGAAAAUAUGGACCAGUCAGCUUGCGUUCGUAUCUCCAAAUGUUCGCUAGUCGGAUGUUCGUAAGUUGGGGACCUAGUGUAGAUUGUAGCAUCCUCCACACCUAAAUCUGCUUCCUUCCCCUCUGACAAGCAGUCAUAUCACUGACUGAUCUAAAACUGCUGAUUUUGACUGAAUAACUCUGCCAAAGUAUUUAUGAGGAGACAUUGAAUGUGAAGAAAGACCAUUGGCUGCCUGCCCUGUUUUCACCUCCAUCUCACUAUGCUGGAAAGAGACUCAGAUGCCAGUGCCUCAUCUCCAGUAGCUAUAGUAAUCUUCCCCGCCUCGCCUGAAAAGCCACCCAGGAUCCAGCAAGUGGACAAGCGCUCCACAUCCACCAUGAACCUCAAACAGCCAUCAGAGACUAGCAUCAGCAAACGCCUAUCCUCCUCUUCUGCCACCCUCACCAAAUCUCCUGACAAAAGUUUUAAACCAAGGAGUUCGUCUCGUAACCGUUUGCCUUGCAAAGGCAGAGCUGCUCAGGUUGCAAAGGAGGAAGGCAAAAAGCAGACAGGUGCUUCCAUGAAGAAGAGGAGUGCGUCCCUCACACGAGUAAGUGUGGGCAGAGUACAGACUCCUGCCAAGGCUGCUAAGGGGACAGCAGACGAUCAAGCUCACAAGCCACCAACUAGCACUGUGGACGGAGGGGUCAUUAGUCGCCUGCUCACUCCCACCCAGGCCUCACUAGCUAGGAGCAAAAGUGCCGCCGCUCUUUCUCCUGAAGGAACAAAUACUCCAGAGUGUCACCUGUGUCCUCGCUCAGCCUCCGCCACCCCCCUACACCCGCCACCGCGCGGACCUGUGCGCAGCCGCAGCAUUGACCGACAGAAGAACGGCAUGACCACCUCUGUGUCGGCAGACGAAGCCCUCGACCCCUCGCAGAGCAAGCAGGAAAGAACAUUUACCUCGCCUGGACGGCAACGCCCCCCCUCCCCAUCCAUUCCUCUGGGACGGAACCGCUCACCAUCCCCCGCCCCCAAUCCUUCCCCAAAGAGGACGCCUUCCCCAGCAGCAGCAGCAAAGCAAAAUGCAAGGACACGUCCACCCUCGCCUGGAAUGAAACAGCAUCCUCCAUCCCCUCAGCCGAUGACAGCUAAGCCCCCUCCAAUCCAGAAACCAGCUCUCACCCCAACGGGACCCCCCACUUUACGAAAGAGGGACUCCCGGUCCAAGGAUCUGGGUCCUGUACAGACGGGGUCGCCACUGUCCUCCGACUCGAGCAAGUUCAAAGACAAAGAUGAUUCUAAGACGGGCACCAACUCUGCUGCUGAGGCUGCCAAGAUUCUGGCGGAGAACCGUAGAUUAAUGCGGGAGCAGAAGGAGAAGGAGGAGCAACUCAGGAUGCUGCGGGAGGAAGAGGAAAAGCUCAGGAAAGAUGAGGAAGAACGCUUAGCAGAGCAGGCCCGACUGAAGCGUGAAGAGGAGGAGAGGAAACUGGCAGAGGAGAGACAAGCGAAGGAAGAGGAGGAGGCCCGUAUUGCAGAGGAAGAGCGGGUGAGACUGGCAGCUGUGGAGGCGCUGAAACAGGCGGAGAUGCAGAGGGAACGGGAGGAGGCCGAGGCCAAGGCCUUGGAAGAGGCUGAGAAGGUCCGCCAAGAGCGAGACCGCAUCAUGCAGCAGAACCAGCAGGAACGUAUGGAAAGGAAGAAGAGAAUUGAAGAAAUAAUGAAGAGGACCAGAAAGGGGGAACACAAUGAUAAGAGAGAUGAAGACAAAUAUCUGCAGGACAAUGAAGACGAUGGACAGGACCAGAUGGGCUUUGAUACCAAGAGUGAAGAAGGUCAGAUGGGUGACAUCACCAUAGAGACGCAUGAGUGCGGUGAUGGAGUGGCGCGAUGGGAAGAAUCACUUGGUUGCAUGAAUGGACAAGUGGGGACGGACGACAAGGAGAACGGCCCAGAGGACACUCAGGAAGUCAGAGGCCGCCUAGUUGAAGGCUCAGAGUUCCUGAAUGAACAGGACUCGGCCAAGGUGGAACUGGUGUCAGGCCGAGGCAGUAAGUCCAACCAGUGGAGCUUUGAGGAGCUCAUGGAUCUCAACGUCCACUCCAAGACUCACGCCCUCAUCGAGGUAGAGGACUGUGACCCAGUUUUGAUCAACUGUGAUGAGCCGGACAGGACCAAAGGCAGCCCAGUGAGCUCCCUGCAUUCCUCCAGUCAAGCCAUAGAGGCUCUGUCAGAGAUUUGACGCUGCACUGCGACACCAGGAGGCCUCUGCACUGUUGUCCUCCUCAUCUUCCUGUCCAGCUGAGCUCCAUUUCAAAGAUUCCAAACAGUUUCCUCCUCCAUUUAUUCCCUGGGGAGGAACAGACCAGCCCCCAUAAGAGCUAGGUGUUUCAUCUGCAAGAUGAUAAAAGCUUCAGGGAAAUUCCAUGUGUUCCUUUUUUGAGCGUCAUCUUCUCUGGUGCCCUUUUUUCUAAGUUGUGUCCAUGUUAUGUUUUUUGAAACUUUUUGUCUUCAUCAGGGUUGUGCUGUUGUUAUAAUUUAUUCAUUUUGGCUUUGUUAUUGUACUUACCUUGACAUGUUUAGAUGUUUUCCUCUUAUCUAAGGGCGUUCCAGGGUGUGUUUCAGACUUAUCUCUGGAAUUCCGCAGUGUGGCUCUUCUAAAUUUACUUGAUCAGCCGUUUUUUUAAAAUUUUGCAGCAUCCAGCAAUUAUGGCCUUACCAGUUUGUUCACAGCCUCAAAUUUUGGUGUGAAUAACAGAAUCUGUGCUUGUGCGCGCACAGCUUGCUGUCAUGUGAAGUGAACGUUUGUCUCCCUUGGCUUUAGAAACCCAUGCACUGCGCUCCCUUCUGUGGCCACUAGGGAGCAUCGCAGGCACAGUGAACUGUUAACGUACAGCACAGGUUCUUCGUUCAGGGCUUAUUAUCUUUAGAUUUUCUGUAUGGAGCGUAUGUUUACUAACCAGAUGGUUGUAGUUUACAUUAGUCUGUAGUAAAAAUCUAUCUCUGUGCGAUGUCCCAAUACUCCAGCUGCUACAUCUGACAACAUGCAUUUCAAUUUGGUAUUGAAUAUAACAUGUGGUUGUUCAUAUAUGAAUAUACAGUUCUGCAUAUAUUUAAGUGUUGUAUAUUAAAACCAGUGUUAGGCCAAUGAAGCCACGUUGAGGGCGGAUGGAUGUCUACGUGUUUGUGACCUUUUGGGCUCUACCAACACUAUAGCUGGCGGACAAGUUUGAGCCUUCAGCUUGAAUUCUUUUUUGCUUUAAAGAAAGUACAGUAGUUGGACCUCGAUUUAUGCUUUGUUGUUGGCGUCCAAGCCCUCUCGAUGACUAAAAUGUGAGGACCUCAGAGGGCUUUACUUUUCUUCAUAAUCUCCAAGAAUGUAAGAGACUUCAUCAAGCCGUCCUUGAUUCAUUCUUCUUUCAUCUACUGCAGCUACUGUUGUCCGUUUCAGCAGAUGAACUAUAGCUAGCUAGAUAGCGCCGUGCCUUAGAUGCUGUGUUACUGUUAACUAAAGAAACUUAAAAAAAAACUCAACAGUGUCCUUACCUUGGCCUCUGACAAUCAAGUCCUUUGUGAAUAAUGCUCCUGCUUAUUCCCCAAGUAACAUUUGUACUGUAAAUAUAUAUUCAAAAGUGUUUGGAGAUGAAAUAAACUGUUAAUAAAGUCUCGCAAAACUAGACUUGAGAUUGCCACCGUCUUUUAUUCUUCAUCACUCAAGAAUACAUCUGUUGGUUAUAUUUCAACAUUGGCCACUCCAAAGCUAGAAUACGUUUCAAAGCAAGUGUGUUGCAUCUCUACUGUACGUUAUAUGCAGAUACACAAUUCAAGCAAGACAACCUCUCACUGUAAAGAGAUGGCUAAAAAAUGGUUGUAAGCUGCAGUUAAAUCUUUUAUGUUGCUUUCUCUCAGGUGGGGAUCUCAUGAGCAGCUCACAGCUUCUUAGCGCAGUCGGGACAGUAGACGUGAUCUCCGUUGAUGACAAAGCGCUUGUUGGCCAAGGUUAGGCAGCACUUCUUGCAGUUGAAGCAGUAGUCAUGCCAGGAGUAGCCCUCGUAGUUCACCACGUUGGUGCCACGGCCAAACCCUAGGACGCGCAAGGAUGUUGGGGUCAGUGGACGGCACCAAACAUUCCAAAACUCUGCCCUUUUAUUAGAAAACGAAAAUUACUCCAUUUUCUUUGUGAUUCUUCUAAUCUGCUCUGCAUCAUCAAGGUUGCAGCUAUGUCUGUAUGCGUAUCUCAUGUUUCACGUCCUUGCCCCCUAAAACUUUGAAAUAUCCCUUUAUUGUUGGCACUAAGACUAAAUUCUUCAGCUUUUGAAAAUGCUCCCCAGUCUGAUGAAACAUCUCAAACUUGGAGUUAUAGAUAUGCCAGCCACAUUCCCUGUAUGAAUAUAAUGCUCAUUGUCUUCCCAGCAGGUUUGAAAGGAAAAGUGCACUUAAAAAAAAAAAUGUGUUCAUCAUCCACAAUCCUUCUGUGAAACAUGAGCACACAUGUCUUUUGCUUUUCUGUGCGUUCUAAAGAGAAAAAAAAACAGUUAGCAUGAGGGAGCUAACAAUGCACGUCAUAGCACACACUUAUAUUGACUAUAAGUCAGUGCACGGUCACGGCAUAUAUAAAACUAGCAGGUACAUUCAUGAUAACAUGCAGUGCUUACAGUAUUUGCCUUAUUUUGAUCAUUUUAAACAUUACCGGAACUUCAUUCCUGGGCACAUUGAUUUCACAUCUAGUGCUGCCGUCAACAACAGCAUGUCGAGCUUGUGUCUGUUUGUUACUACUAAUCAUGGCAGACUGUGAGAGCCGCCAACGACGACUACUUUUGGACAAAUGAGGAUCCAGAACCUUAUAUUUUUUUUAGCCUGGAUAUACUGAGGGUGAGCUACAGGUUUAAGAAGCUGAGUUUGCAAGAAGAGAGAGUGAAACCUCGAAUGUAGCAGAUGGGGCCCAAGUCUUUACACAGCCAUGACUUGCGGUGUAAAUGUGGAGCUAGUCAAGCUAUGCUGACUGUACAAGACAAGUUAUAAGUUUGUCUGUUUAGGCUGCAUGAGUGUAGAGGGGCGUGGUCACCUAGGCACAGGUGGGUGUGUGUGCUUAUGCACACGGAAGACAUAAAUGGUGAGAGGAGAGAGGAAAGGCUAGGAAGCCGUAAUU